AGUCCCCGGUUGAACUUUUCCAGCUGAGCACGCUCCAGCGGGCACAAAGCGGUGAGUGAAGGGCUAUGGUGGGAGAAGACGCGCGCGGACCUCCAGCUCACGAGCCCUUCUGACUGACUGACGUGCGGCCGGCGGUGCUUCCUGUUCGGAGAAGAUGUCUGUGAACGAGGUGUACGUGUUCCGACCCUUCAAGCUCAUCGCGCUGCUCUGCGUCUUCCUGGCGCUCUGUCUGGACGUGGUGGCUCUGCUCAGUCCAGCCUGGGUCACCGCCGACCAUUUCUCCCUGUCUCUGUGGGAGUCCUGCUCCCAGUCCGAGGCACGGCACCCGGCGGAGGAGGAGGCGGCUCCGUGGAGCUGCUUCUCCACCCUCACAUCUGACUGGCAGAUCGCCACCCUGGUGCUGCUGGUGGCCGGCGCCACUUCAACCCUUGUGGCCUUUCUGGUGGCCCUGAUUUCCCUCUGCCGGGGGACGCAGAGAAGGCACUACCGCACCGUGGCUGUGUUCCUCUUCACCGCAGUGGUCCUGCAGGCCUGCGCUCUGGUCCUCUAUCCCAUCAAGUUCAUCGACGGGACGGUUCUUCAGACCUACCACGAGUUCAACUGGGGCUACGGGCUCGGCUGGGGAGCCACCAUCUUCAUGCUGGGCGGAGGAAUUCUCUUUUGCCUGCGGACGGAUGUAUACGAGGACGCAAUGUACUGAGUCCUUUCUUCGGCCCCCUUGACCGCUGGACAACACACACACACACACACACACACACACACACACACACACACAAGUUCUCAUUCAGGAGGCGUGCUACUUUUCUUCACUCUGCACACUCCCCCCUGUGUAUGUGAGCACAGACCCGAUCUCUCUCCUCUCGCCGUCUUGCUCUCUCUGUUAUUUUUAGACAGGUUGUGAAGGCCUGAUUUAGGCCGGGGCUGUAUGAAUAGGACCCCCUCCACCUCCCUUACAGCCAGUGGGUCUCUCAGCUCCGCCGGUAUCGGGGGCGAGGCGGCAGCGCUGAAGCACAGAGAGCUUUCUGGACGAGGCUCGAGCUGCCGCUGCUGGAUGUUUCCACUGCGCGUUGGCCUGGAUCUCUAUUGUUAGAGAAAACAGGACGGUAGAUUCUCAGCACAGACCUGAAUGUGCAGUGACUCAACAUUUUAGAGGGAUUGAUUUAUCUCCUCAUUUCUUUCUUUUUAUUCUCUCUGUAGCAUAUCACAUGGACAAGCUUGUUGUUAAUGUAUUUAUGGCCUCAUUUUUCACUUUAUAAAUAUAGAAACAGCUGUGUGUGUUCUAGCUGAAACAUAUCUAGUAAACGCUAAGCCCUCUGAUAGCCUCAGUUAGACAGCUUUGAUAUACGCUAGAGUGUUCAUAGUUUGCGUGAAGACUCGCGCUAGUUUCUCUCAAACGAAAAAAAUGUAAAUGUGUACAAAGUAUUUCUACAUGAAGGAAAACCAGAAUAAACUGUAGUUUUGGGAAUAUUA